AUGGACGACGACGAAGAAAUUAUCGAUUGGAAGUCGGAAGCGCUUGCUGUAGUCAACGACAUCAAAGAUCACGUCUCCGGCAUCGAGUUAAGUAACGUUCUUCCCUCGGAUGAGACCAAAAUCUACCUCAACGUGACGACAAUCGAAGGAGAAAUUUUCUGCAUUCGUCUCAACAGCGAAGGAUUUUUAAUUUCUGGACAUGGAAAAGACUCCCGAGCCUCCGAAGCGCUCGAAAAUCAACAAAUUUACGAGACCCCGUACUCGUUACUGUCAGCAAUCUCCAAAAAAUUCACCGAAUCCUUCGGAAAUCGACUAAUUAAUGAAUUGAGUAAGUUAGAAAAUCGACAAUGA